AUGGCGGCGGCGGCGGCGGCAGCGGCGGCGACAGAGCAGCAAAGUUCCAAUGGGCCAGUGAAGAAGUCCAUGCGGGAAAAGGCUGUGGAGCGAAGGAACGUUAACAAGGAGCAUAACAGCAACUUUAAAGCUGGGUAUAUCCCUAUUGAUGAAGACCGGCUCCAUAAGACCGGAUUGAGAGGGAGAAAGGGCAACUUGGCCAUCUGUGUGAUUGUCCUCCUGUUUAUCCUGGCUGUCAUCAAUCUACUCAUUACUCUUGUCAUCUGGGCUGUGAUUCGAAUUGGGCCAAAUGGCUGUGACAGCAUGGAGUUCCAUGAAAGCGGUCUACUGCGAUUCAAGCAAGUGUCCGACAUGGGUGUCAUCCACCCGCUCUAUAAGAGCACAGUGGGAGGAAGGAGGAAUGAAAACCUGGUCAUCACUGGCAACAACCAGCCAAUUGUUUUUCAGCAAGGGACAACCAAGCUGAGUGUAGAAAAGAACAAAACGUCUAUCACCAGUGACAUUGGAAUGCAGUUUUUCGACCCGAGGACACAAAAUAUUUUAUUCAGCACAGACUACGAGACUCACGAGUUUCAUUUGCCAAGUGGAGUGAAAAGUUUGAAUGUUCAGAAGGCGUCCACUGAGAGGAUUACCAGCAAUGCUACCAGUGACUUAAAUAUCAAAGUUGAUGGGCGUGCGAUUGUUCGUGGUAAUGAAGGCGUGUUCAUCAUGGGCAAAACUAUUGAAUUUCACAUGGGGGGCAAUGUGGAGCUAAAGGCCGAAAACAGCAUCAUCCUCAAUGGAACUGUGAUGGUCAGCCCAACUCGCCUGCCCAGUUCCUCAAGUGGGGACCAGUUGGGAGGUGGUGACUGGGUGCGCUACAAACUCUGCAUGUGUGCCGAUGGCACGCUCUUCAAAGUGCAAGUAACGGGCCACAACAUGGGCUGCCAGGUGGCAGACAACCCCUGUGGGAACACUCAUUAG